GAAACUAUGGCUUUCCCUGCUGGCUUUCAAUGGGGGGCAACCACCUCAGCUUAUCAAGUGGAAGGAGGCUGGGAUGCAGAUGGAAAAGGCCCUAGUGUCUGGGACACAUUCACCCAUCAGGGAGGAGAGAGAGUUUUCAAGAACCAGACUGGCGAUGUAGCUUGUGGCAGCUACACUCUGUGGGAGGAAGAUUUGAAAUGUAUCAAACAGCUUGGAUUGACUCAUUACCGCUUCUCUCUUUCCUGGUCACGUCUGUUACCUGAUGGGACGACAGGUUUCAUCAACCAGAAAGGAAUUGACUAUUACAACAAGAUCAUUGAUAACUUGUUAACAAAUGGAGUUACGCCCAUAGUGACGCUCUACCACUUCGAUUUGCCUCAGGCCUUGGAGGACCGAGGAGGUUGGUUGUCAGAGGCAAUCAUCGAAGUCUUUGAUAAAUAUGCCCAGUUUUGCUUCAGUACAUUUGGGGAUAGAGUCAAACAGUGGAUCACCAUAAAUGAGCCUAACGUAGCUGCCCUGCUCUCCUAUGACAUUGGUUUGUUUCCUCCUGGUGUACCUCUCCGUGGCACUGGAGGCUAUCAGGCAGCUCGGAAUUUGAUUAAGGCCCAUGCCAGAGCCUGGCAUAGCUAUGAUUCCUUAUUCCGAAAAGAGCAGAAAGGGAUGGUGUCCCUCGCACUUUUUGCUGCCUGGGUGGAGCCAGCAGACCCCAACUCAGCCUCUGACCGGGAAGCAGCUAAAAGGGCCAUGGCUUUCGAAUUGGAUAUCUUUGCAAAACCCAUAUUUGUUGAUGGCGAUUAUCCUGAAGUUGUCAAGUCCCAGGUUGCCUCCAUGAGUAAAAAGCAAGGCUAUCCGUCAUCAAGACUUCCAGAAUUCACAGAGGAAGAGAAGAGAAUGAUCAAAGGCACAGCUGAUUUCUUUGCUGUGCAGUAUUAUUCAACUCGCUUAGUCAAGCACCGGGAGAAUGAUAAAGGAGAACUGGGUCUUACCCAGGAUGUGGAGAUUGAAAUUAACAAAGACCCAUCUUGGAUAAGUUUGGAUUGGGUCUGUGUGGUGCCAUGGGGAAUACGUAAACUACUGAACUACAUUAAGGAUACGUAUAAUAACCCUGUAAUUUACAUUACUGAGAAUGGGUUUCCCCAGGUUGACCCUGCAUCUCUUGAUGACACUCAGCGCUGGGAGUAUUUCAGACAGACAUUUCAGGAACUGUUCAAAGCUAUCCAACUUGAUAAAGUCAAUCUUAAAGGAUAUUAUGUGUGGUCUCUUCUGGAUAACUUUGAGUGGAACCAGGGGUACAGCAUGCGGUUUGGUCUCUUCCACGUUGAUUUUGAAAAUCCAGCAAGACCCCGGGUCCCGUACACGUCAGCCAAGGAGUAUGCAAAGCUCAUCCGAAACAACGGGCUGGAGGGCCAUCUGUAGGAAGGAUGGCUGGGCGGUAUCACCGGGAGACGAGGCCUCAGCUUUUGGACAGGAAAUCUGCUUUGGUGAUUCCCCCAGACAAUUUCAAGUUGCCUUUGUAAUCAACAGGUCCUACUUUGUGAUCCGUGAUUGUGAAGUAUGAAUAGUUAAUACCCAGGGAUGGAUUUAAUGAUGAAUUUUACUGUAUUUGCAUUUGGAUCAAUGAGGCUUUAAAACAAAUAGAACAGUAAACCACUGAAAUUGAUUUUUAUAUUAAGAAAUCAGAUAGACUUAGAAACUUCCAUUUAAAUCCUUAAAAUUUUCCUAGAACAAAAUGAUGCAAAAUUUAUAAACAGUAUAUUCAUGAUUUGCAACUCUAACAGAAUACCACUUAUAAGAAUAUUUGUUUAAGAACUUAUUUUUUUCUGUUUAUGUAAGCUAUGGUUUGCUAUUAGAUUCAUUGUCAUGUGGGCCAUAAUUUUUCCACUAUUUAAUCUAAUAUAAAAACAUCAAAAUUAAUGUUAGUCACAUU